AUGGACGUGGACGUGGACGUGGACAUGGACGUGGACGUGGACAUGGACGUGGACGUAGAAAUGGACGUGGACGUGGACGUGGACGUGGACAUGGACGUGGACGUGGACGUGGACAUGGACGUGGACAUGGACGUGGACAUGGACGUGGACGUGGACAUGGACGUCGACGUGGACAUGGACGUGGACGUGGACGUGGACGUGGAAAUGGACGUGGACGUGGACGUAGAAAUGGACGUAGACGUGGACGUGGACGUGGACAUGGACGUGGACGUGGACAUGGACGUGGAGGUAGACGUGGACGUGGACGUGGACGUGGAUGUGGACAUGGACGUGGACGUGGACGUGGACAUGGACGUGGACAUGGACGUGGACAUGGACGUGGACGUGGACAUGGACGUGGACGUGGACAUGGACGUGGACGUGGACGUGGACGUGGACGUGGACGUGGACAUGGACGUGGACGUGGACGUGGACGUGGACGUUGACAUGGACAUGGACGUGGACGUGGACGUGGACGUGGACGUGGACGUGGACGUUGAAAUGGACGUGGACGUAGACGUGGACAUGGACAUGGACGUGGACGUCGACGUGGACGUGGACGUGGACGUAGAAAUGAACGUGGACGUGGACGUGGACGUGCACAUGGAAAUGGACGACAUGGACGUGGACGUGGGCGUGGACAUGGACGUGGACAUGGACGUGGACGUGGACGUGGACAUGGACGUGGACAGUGGACGUGGACGUGGACAUGGACAUGGACGUGGACAUGACUGGUGGACGUGGACGUGGACAGUGGACGUAGAAAUGAACGUGGACGUGGACGUGGACGUGCACAUGGAAAUGGACGUGGACAUGGACGUGGACGUGGACGUGAACGUGGACGUGGACGUGGACGUGGACAUGGACGUGGACGUGGACGUGGGCGUGGACAUGGACGUGGACGUGGACAUGGACGUGGUCGUGGUCGUGGACAUGGACGUGGACGUGGUCGUGGACGUGGACGUGGACGUGGACGUGGACGUGGAAGUGGACGUGGUGGAGGACGUGGACGUGGACCUGGACGUGGACCUGGACGUGGACCUGGAGGUGGACGUGGACCUGGACGUGGACCUGGACGUGGACCUGGACGUGGACGUGGACGAGGACGUGGACAUGGACGUGGACGUGGACGUAGAAAUGGACGUGGACGUAGAAAUGGACUUGGACCUGGACGUGCACGUGGACGUGGACGUGGACGUGGACGUGGAUGUGGACGUUAACGUGGACGUGGUCGUGGUCGUGGACGUGGUCGUGAUCGUGGACGUGGACGUGGACGUGGACGUGGUCAUGGACGUGGACGUGGACAUGGACGUGGUCGUGGUCGUGGACAUGGACGUGGACGUGGUCGUGGACGUGGACGUGGACGACGUGGACGUGGAGGACGUGGACGAGGACGUGGAGGACGUGGACGAGGACGUGGAGGACGUGGACGUGGACGUGGACGUGGACGUGGACGUGGACAUGGACGUGGACGUGGACGUGGACCUGGACGUGGACCUGGACGUGGACCUGGACGUGGACGUGGACGUGGACAUGGACGUGGACGUGGACAUGGACGUGGACGUGGACGUGGACGUGGACGUGGACGAGGACGUGGACGUGGACGUAGAAAUGGACGUGGACGUGGACGUGGACAUGGACGUGGACGUGGACAUGGACGUGGACGUAGAAAUGGACGUGGACGUGGACGUGGACGUGGACGUGGACGUGGACGUGGACAUGGACGUGGACAUGGAUGUGGACAUGGACGUGGACGUGGACAUGGACGUGGACGUGGACAUGGACGUGGACGUGGACGUGGACGUGGAAAUGGACGUGGACGUGGACGUAGAAAUGGACGUAGACGUGGACGUGGACGUGGACAUGGACGUGGACGUGGACAUGGACGUGGAGGUAGACGUGGACGUGGACGUGGACGUGGACGUGGACAUGGACGUGGAGGUAGACGUGGACGUGGACGUGGACGUGGACGUGGACAUGGACGUGGACGUGGACGUGGACAUGGACGUGGACAUGGACGUGGACAUGGACGUGGACGUGGACAUGGACGUGGACGUGGACAUGGACGUGGACGUGGACGUGGACGUGGACAUGGAGGUGGACGUGGACGUAGUGGACGUGGACGUAGACGUGGACAUGGACAUGGACGUGGACGUGGACGUGGACGUGGACGUGGACGUAGAAAUGGACGUGGACAUGGACAUGGACGUGGACGUGGACGUGGACGUGGACGUGGACGUGGACGUGGACGUGGACGUAGAAAUGAACGUGGACGUGGACGUGGACGUGCACAUGGAAAUGGACGUGGACAUGGACGUGGACGUGGACGUGAACGUGGACGUGGACGUGGACGUGGACAUGGACGUGGACGUGGGCGUGGACAUGGACGUGGACGUGGACGUGGACGUGGACGUGGACAUGGACGUGGACAUGGACGUGGACAUGGACAUGGACGUGGACGUGGACGUGGACGUGGACGUAGAAAUGAACGUGGACGUGGACGUGGACGUGCACAUGGAAAUGGACGUGGACAUGGACGUGGACGUGGACGUGAACGUGGACGUGGACGUGGACGUGGACAUGGACGUGGACGUGGACGUGGGCGUGGACAUGGACGUGGACGUGGACAUGGACGUGGUCGUGGUCGUGGACAUGGACGUGGACGUGGUCGUGGACGUGGACGUGGACGUGGACGUGGAAGUGGACGUGGUGGAGGACGUGGACGUGGACGUGGACCUGGACGUGGACCUGGACGUGGACCUGGAGGUGGACGUGGACCUGGACGUGGACCUGGACGUGGACCUGGACGUGGACGUGGACGAGGACGUGGACAUGGACGUGGACGUGGACGUGGACGUAGAAAUGGACGUGGACGUAGAAAUGGACGUGGACCUGGACGUGCACGUGGACGUGGACGUGGACGUGGACGUGGAUGUGGACGUGAACGUGGACGUGGUCGUGGUCGUGGACGUGGUCGUGAUCGUGGACGUGGACGUGGACGUGGACGUGGUCAUGGACGUGGACAUGGACGUGGUCGUGGUCGUGGACAUGGACGUGGACGUGGUCGUGGACGUGGACGUGGACGACGUGGACGUAGAGGACGUGGACGAGGACGUGGAGGACGUGGACGAGGACGAUGAGGACGUGGACGUGGACGUGGACGUGGACGUGGACGUGGACGUGGACAUGGAUGUGGACGUGGACGUGGACGUGGACCUGGACGUGGACCUGGACGUGGACCUGGACGUGGACGUGGACGUGGACAUGGACGUGGACGUGGACAUGGACGUGGACGUGGACGUGAACGUGGACGUGGACAUGGACGUGGACGUGGACGUGGACGUGGACGUGGACAUGGACGUGGACGUGGACGUGGACGUGGACGUGGACGUGGACGUGGACAUGGACGUGGACGUGGACGUGGACAUGGACGUGGACGUAGACGUGGACGUGGACGUGGACGUGGACCUGGACAUGGACGUGGACGUGGACGUGGACGUGGACGUGGACGUGGACGUGGAGGUGGACGUGGACAUGGACAAGGACGUAGAAAUGGACGUGGAGGUGGACGUGGACAUGGACGUAGACGUGGACGUGGACAUGGACGUGGACGUAGAAAUGGACGUGGACGUGGACGUGGACGUGGACGUAGACGUGGACGUGGACGUGGACGUGGAUGUGGACGUGGACGUGGACCUGGACGUGGACGUAGACAUGGACGUGGACGUGGACGUGGACGUGGACGUGGAUGUGGACGUGGACGUGGACGUGGACGUGGACAUGGACGUGGACGUGGACGUGGACGUGGACGUGGACGUGGACGUAGACAUGGACGUGGACGUGGACGUAGACGUGGACGUGGACGUGGACGCGUGGACGUGGACGUGGACGUGGACAUGGACGUGGACGUGGACGUGGACGUAG